GGGAGCGCAGGCCCGAUGCUCGCCUCCUCCUUUCCCUCCCAGGAGAAAAGGAUGCCUCCCGAAGCGCUGAGAUGGGCACAAGCCAGGGGCUGGGAGCCGGUCUGCCUCAGCCGUGGACUUGCUGCGAUUGGAGGACCCCUACCAGAUGCCACGCGGAGGGCUCUGCUGCACCACCGCGUGGGAAAUCACCUGAUGCCCAUCAGCCAGACGAGAAAACUGAGGCUCCAAGUCACGCAACGGGUAGAUGCACAGGGGCUCCAGGGGCCCACCUUCUGUCAGCUCCUUCCUGCUGUGCAUCUGUCCGCAAGCCCUCCCGGUUUCGCCUUUCCUCUGUUACCAGAGUUUCUCUCCCUCGGUUUUGCGGCAGCUUGCUCGUCCCGGUUUGUAAUUCUCCGCUUUCCCCAGGACGUGUUCCUCAUGAUCCGGCGCCACAAGACCACCAUCUUCACGGACGCCAAGGAGUCGAGUACCGUGUUCGAGCUGAAGCGCAUCGUCGAGGGCAUCCUCAAGCGGCCGCCCGACGAGCAGCGGCUGUACAAGGAUGACCAGCUUCUGGAUGACGGCAAGACACUGGGAGAGUGCGGCUUCACCAGUCAGACGGCCCGGCCGCAGGCCCCGGCCACUGUAGGGCUGGCCUUCCGAGCAGAUGAAGCUUUUGAGGCUCUGCGCAUCGAGCCCUUCUCCAGCCCACCUGAGCUGCCCGAUGUGAUGAAGCCACAGGACUCAGGAAGCAGCGCCAAUGAACAAGCGGUGCAGUGAGAGGGCCCUGGGCCCACCCCAGUGCCCACCCCCCUCAAUAAAAGAGAUUUGGGUGUC